CAGGUGCUGCACGGGACACGGACGGAUAAGAUCACCGCGUGUUUGUUUUUUGUUUGUUUGUUUGUUUGUUUGUUUGUUUUGUAAACAUGACGUAUAUGUCCCAGCUAGAGCUUAUAUGUCACUCUUCAUUUCUCUCACGUAUUUGAUCGUAGGGUUUUGUUUCUCUCUCUCUCUCUCUCUCUCUCUCUCUCUCUCUCUCUCUCUCUCUCUCUCUCUCUCUCUCUCUCUCUCUCUCUCUCUCUCUCUCUCUCUCUCUCUCUCUCUCUCUCUCUCUCUCUCUCUCUCUCACGCGCGCACACACAAACAAACAACCAAAAAAGCCAUGGAUCGUCUUAAUGAGUGGGGCUUCAAAACCAAGAAACUGGAGGUGGAGGAUGAUUUCUAUUUUGAUUACGGAGCGGAGGAAAUGACAGCUUAUCAAGACCCCGGUGAACUUUUAGCUGCCCUGAAACAAAAGGAGGAAGAGGUUAUUUUGGCAGCCGAGCUGGGAAACGCGCUGCUCCUGGAAACCCGUCAGCUGAAAGAGCAGAGGCAGAAACUCCAUGACCAGUACGCAGACAAAGUGGAGGAGCUGGAGCAGAGCAGGCAUGAGCUGCGGCAGAAGCUGGAGGGCCGCCAGUCCCAGUGGGAGAGCCAGGUGGGGGAUUUGGAGCGGGAUUUGAAGGAGCUGACUGCUGAGGUGGAGCAACUCACCGAGGCCCUCAGCAAAGCUGAGAGGGACAAGAGUCGGGCCCAGCAGAUGUACAGCGAACACACCCAGCAUCUCCGUGAACAGCUCAGCACCGCUAUGGAAGUACAGAAGGCCAUGUCCAGUGAGCUACAGGCUCUAAAAGAGGAGCUCCGCCAAAAGGGAAAGCAUACCAGAUCACAGGAUGAGGAGCUAAUCAGUGCCAUGAGGGAGCAGGUGAUGCGUCUAACUCAGAGGGAACAGGCCCUGGAGGAGCGGCUGGUGAGUGUGUGUCAGGAGAACUCUGAGCUUAAGGAGAGCCUGGCCUCUUUACACACACGUCUGACUCUGCAGGAACAAUGCAACCAGCAGCACUGCCAACAGCUAGCUGAGGCAUGGCAGGAUGUAGAGGCAGCGCGGGGCCAUUCUCAGCAGCUGCAAACUCGUGUGGAGGAGCUGCAGGAGGAGGUGUCGCUACAGGCGAGUCGGAGCCACGGAGAAGCUUCACUGCUGUCAGAGCUGGAGGGCAGCUUGGACACCUUAGAUUUAGGACUCAGCAAGGAACAGAUGACGCAAGACGUGUGGUCCGUGCUCCAGCUGCUGCUCCCGUUGACCGAGGAGGUGAGUGGCCCACAUGGGUCUGAAGUCAUGGAUCCACAGGAAGACCUGCAGCUCAUGCUGCACCAGCUGAAGGGAGUGGCCCGCAAUCUGACCCACCCGAGCUGCCAUCAGGAGCUGAAUCAGCCUAUUGUUGAUGGGACGACUGAUCCGCGUGGGAAUCUGACCACAGUCCAGGAGCUGAGAUAUCAGAACAUGCAGCUCCAAGCACAGAAUGCAGAACUGAAGCAGAUGUUGGAGUGCAGACAGGAACAGGCUGGUUUGGUCCAACAAGCCAUCAGAGACCGAGAUGAAGCAAUAGCCAAAAAGAACCUGAUGGAGGCUGAGCUGGUGAGAAGUAAAAAUGACAUGAUGUCUCUGAACAACCAGUUGUUGGAAGCUAUCCAACGUAAACUGGAAUUGUCACAGGAACUGGAGGCCUGGCAGGAUGACAUUCAGAUCAUCAUCAACCAGCAGCUGAGGUCCCAGCAGCAGUCGGAGCAGCACCAGAGGAAGCCCACCUCCAAUGGCAAAUCAUUCUUCAGCAGGUCCAGCUCUGCUUCCUCAGCACGAACACCUCGCCAGUCCUCCUUCUCCACCUCAUGGGCCUCAGAGGCCAACCAAGCCAAAACCCAAUCCCCCUGGAGGGACUGGCUCAGACGGGGCAAAGGGGCACAGCAUGGCAAAUAAUGUAGAUCGGUGCUCCUCUCUGAGAGACUGGAGCAUAGUGCCGUAUCCACCAUCUGGCUGAGGAGGGGAAAUGAAGAUGGAGAUGGGAGAUGACAACUGAUGGGGGGCCAAGGGAGCUGCUGAACUAGAAAUCCCAGCAGAUACUGCAUGUUGUGGAAUGAACGAACAGGGCAUUGACCUCGAAGUAGACGGAGCAAUGGCUUCAGGUGUGAGCGGCGGUGAAGAGAACAAAAGAGCAUCUCCGAGCAAAGACUAGCCAAACAGGCUACCUUUCAAAUGAGAGGCUUUGCCCUCUGAAAAUGGAAAUGUGAGAAGCCAAAACACUAAAAUGUUCUCAUGUAUACAGUGGAAAGCAUGUGUAGGACUGUAAAUAAUGUAUAUACUGUAUGUUCAUAAUAACUGCAUUAUUGUGAAGCCCUUUCAGCCUGAGGACUGUCAAAUGUGUGACAGUUAGAUGAGUGUUUAUGACAAGACUGAGUCUUUCUUCAGAUUAUGUAACUGUAGUUUACAAACAGAACUAACAUGAAAGGUUAAAGUGCUAACAAGUCAGAUAACACUAUUAACUGUUUUGUCCAGAAAUUGAAUAUGUAUUGGUUGUAUAAGCAGAAAUACAAAAUAUGCCAGUACAGUCAACAAUAUUACAAUAUUUUUUUCAGUUGUUUUUUUUUAGCUCUUGAAAAGAUCAAGUGCUGGUAGAUCAAUUUUCUACAUGUAACUCAGUGUUCAUUAUUUAAGGUGCUCAAAAUUUGUGGUUUGAGAAAUAAGACUGGAUAAUUUGUUAAACUGUCAAAUAAUCGUUAGAUUUCAUAGUGUUUACAUUUUUCUUAAGUGUAAUCGGCAAAUACAUAUUAUUUUACCUUGGCUCACACCACUAAGACGUGAAGAAUAAGGUGCAAUAUUGAUUUCAUAUACCGAAAAAAACUGAAUCAUGGUCUUAUAUUUUCAACCCUGACAGCAUGCUAACAUUUGUAUGGUGUUUAACAUGUGAGGUGGCAAAUCCUGUUUUGCCCAUUUACUUUUCAUUUCAAUUUACAAUCUAUCUCAACAGGUCUUAGUCAGACGAAUAGGAAAGACCAUCCUUUAAAAAAAAUUAUAUCAGAUUGUUAUGAAAAUGUUCAAUUUAAGAGUAAGAAUUAUUCACUCUUGUACUUUUUUUUACCAAUGCAUGUUUUUUAGCAAUGCAUGGAAAUAAGAUCUCAACCUUGAAAUUGUUUCUUAUACUUUCUUUAGAUGUUAAAUAAAGACAUUUU